AUGGGCUACGGCCGCUUGCACGUUCCGAUCGUGCUGGGCUCGCUCCGGGACCGCUGGUGCGUAGCACUGAAGCCCGCCGGCUUUGCCGCCGCCUCCGCCCAUCCUGCGCCAUCCCUGGAAGCGACGCUGAAACCUUUCCUUCGCCGGGACCGCGCCAUUUCUUUUCCCAUCAGACCCCAGAAGGACGCAGAGGGACUCACCUUUGUGACGACGGAUGAUGCCAUGCGCAAGUGGAUCGAUGAGAUGCUGCGACGCGGUCUGGUUCGCGCCCGGUACCGGGUCUUGGCGGACGUCGUUUCGACUGGGAGUGCUGGGUCGCCACUGUGCGGAAAGGGCGACAUGCUGUUGGAGUCCGGCCAACUACCAGCUGCAGGUGAAGGUAAGGCAGACAGCUUCGAGUUCGAGCUCUACAGCGGCCCAACAUUAUGUCCAGUCGACAAGAAGAUCACCACAGCGCUUUACCUUGUGACGGGCGCGCCCUCCACGAAGGCAGCCCACCAGAUCCGGCGCAGCUUCUUCCACGCACAUGCCCCUGUGAUGUAUGAUCCUGCUUUUCAUCCGUGCCGUGUGGAAGCGGACGACCCGAUGGCAGAUGCAGUUCCCCACGCAGGUGCCCUGGCCAUGCAACUCUUCGAACUUGAAAUGCCCGAUCCUUUCCGCUCCUGGGAGACGCUGUGCAUUACUGCCAAGGUCCCGAAGGAGUGGCUUGACGUUCAUCCUCUUCCUGAGUUGAUGGGCAACGAUGGGGAUUUCGACGAUUUCUGGUCUGGCCUCGAGCGCUCCCAUACCAACCUCACAAGCUGGAGCGAAGCCGGUGAGAUUCCUUCUCCUAGCCUCAGCCGCGUGCCCUCCUUGGGCGAGAUUCAGGAGGAGCGUUCAAAUGUGAGCAUCGACGAGCGGAGCCGCCUGGCCUCCUUUACUUCUGAGGAGCAGCCCACGCCGCAGGAGCCUGAGAAAGAGCAAGAGCCUGGACAGUCCUCGGCCCAGCUGGGGUUCAAGCACAAGUUGCAUGCCCUGUCGAACAGGCUUGAGCAGGACGUGAGGUUUCCGCCUAACUUGCUGUACCUACGCAGCCUCCUUAGCAACGGCUUCAGCAAGUGUCAAGGCCGCGGGCGCGCCGCCCUUGAGUACCUCGAAAGCGGCAAGUUGCCUUUCUGCCCCUGCUCUGGCCCAGACUUGCCCUUGCCCGUAAAGGCUCCGCCCCCAAGCCCAGCGCGUCAACAGCCCGUAGAUGGGGUCACUCCGAAAAUGCCACCCGCACAGUUUGAAGUUGUGUCGGGUGGCGUGAUCGGAGUGAAGAUGCCCCCGUCAGUUGGCCCGCCUCUUGGCCCGCCUCUUGGCCCGCCUCUUGGCCUGCCUCUUGGCCCAUCUCUUGGCCCGCCACUGGGCCCGCCAUUUGGCCCGCCACUGGGCCCACCACUAGGCCCUCCACCCAUGAUGUCAACAUCCCUACCGGACCUGCCUCCCAGCAUGGGUUUGGCUCCGCCUGUGGGGCCACUGCCUGCCAUUCUGCUGCAACCACCGCCAGACCAACCCCCAGCUGGGCUUCUUGCGGCGGUGGACGCUGCUGUCGUGCGUGCAGGCACACCCAGCGGCCCUGCUGGGCCCGUCGAAAAGGUGGAGUGGCAGGCACACAAGUCUCCCGAAGGCUUGCCGUUUUUCUUCUGCAAGAAGACAGGUGAGUCGAGAUGGGUCCGGCCGUCGGGUCCAGGUGACGUUAUCGUGGAGGCCCCAAAGGAGGAACCCAAGGCAUCGUCGCAGAAGGAGAAGCUUGGAGAGCCCGAAACCUGGGAGAGCAUCGGAAAGACAGGCUGGACCCGGGUGGAAACGGACAAAGGUUACACCUACUUCUACCACAAGAAGCAGAAGAAGACUUCGUGGACAUGUCCACCAGAGAUCGCCAAAGAGGUGGCAGAGCUGGAUGGCAGCCUCGGUGCCAUGGAGGGCGAAGAGGAGUCCAAAGAGGGGGACGGCAAGAAGGAAGCGGAGGGGACGGAGGAUGCGCCUGAGAAGCAGCCCGCAGACGAGAACGAAGACGGGCCAAAGAAGCAGACACGCGCCGAGCGAGCCGAGAAGCGGGCGCAGCAGGUGGAGGAAGAGCAGAAAGCUGCCAAGGAGAAGGACAAGCUGCGGAACUUCAAGCAGCUGUUGCUGGAGAAGGGCGUGAGGGCUUUUGACAAGUACGACAAGUGGGUCCCCAAGCUGAUGCAUGACCCACGUUUCACGGCAGUGACUGGGCUCAAGGAAAGACGACUUCUGUUCGAGAUGUUUGCAAAACGCAUCGAGACGGAGAAGCGCAAGACCCAGGCCGUUUGCAAAAACCGAGGGCGCGAGGCUUUCAAAGAGUUGCUGGAUAAGGCCGAGCAGUUGGACCUGCUAGCUGGGCGGACGGUCGAGAAGGCGCUGGCCAGCAUGGAGCGGCGCUUUGGCGACGAGGCGCAGUGGGACGCGGUGCCCGAGCGCGACCGGGAGCGCAUGGUUUCAGAGGCUGUCGCCGAGGCCACGAAGCGGGUGGAGAAGCAGAAGGAGGAGGCACGCGCAAAGUUCCGCGCGAUGGUCAUGGAUGUACUCAAGGGUCAGGAGGAGGAUCCCCCGGCCUUCUCCAAGGUGCGCCGGCAACUUGAGUCGGACCCUUCCUGGGGCCAGCUGGCGUCCACCGAGCGCGAGAAUCUCUAUGGCCGCCUCGCGCGGGAGGUGAAGGACAACAAGAGGAGGCAAAAUGCCAAGCGCCGGGAAGUCCAGCAAGAGCUGGAGGAAGCCCGCAAGAAGCGCAAGCUGUCCGAGGCAGAGGAGAAGAUCUUCAGCGUGCUGUCCGAGCGCAUGAAGAACCCCUUCAGCAUGACUUGGGAAGAGGCGAAGCCAGAGGUACGCAACCUUCAUCUGCAGAAGGACUUUGGGCUGAAGGAUGAUGAGCUGGAACAGUUGUGGCUGGACUACCAGCGGAGGGCGAUCGAUGCGCGAAGAGAGGCUUGGCUGUGCAUUCUGGAUGCUGCGGGCUUCGAUGUUAUCGGACCAGAGCUGGAGUUCGAGGAGGUGGUUGAGAGGGCAUUUGAUGCCAACACAGACGUGGCCACGCAGAAGGCUUUCGAAGGCAUGCCAGAGGAUGUGUUGAAGGAAGCCUGGGCUCAGUGGCGUGAGCGCGCUUACGACCUGGCGGUGGAAGACUGCCAGAAGUGGCUUCGCACUUGCCAGCACCUGCGUGGCUGUGAAGAUGUGGAGCCCACCGGUGGCGACGAUUUCGACCGCCUGAUGCAAAGGUUAGCAGCGAAGGACAUUCGCUUCAGGAGGCUGCAUGGGCGGCCUGAACAGCAGACAAGAUUGCUGGCGGGACGUCUGCGAGAGCUUCGCAGCCUCCGAGGGCAAAAGAAGGAUGGUGGAGGUGAGGAGGACGAGUACGGGUGA